AUGAGGAAAUUCAGCUUAAUAACAGUUUUACUUCUCUGCAGCCACAGCUGGAUCUGUGAGUCUCAGACUGUGGAGGUCCAGCAGGGUGAAGAUGCCACUCUGCUGUGCUCCAACAUUUCUACAUCUCCAACCCAGACGGAGUGGUUCAGAGUGGUGAACAGAACCAAACCCAGCUGUAUCUCUGCCAUGUAUGGAGCUGAAGGUGAAGCUUCACUCUGUGAUGGAUUAAAAGAUGGAAAAUUUGAGAUGAGCUCCAACAUGUCCACUGUCUUUCUGAGGAUUAAACAAGUGGAUUUCUCUGAUUCUGGUCUGUAUUUCUGUGGAUUCUACAUGAACGGACAUACAGUCGUUGUCAGUGCAGCAGAGUUAAUGGUUCAAGGUGAAAAUAAAUCCAUUGAUGGAGCCGAUUUGAACUCAGAAAAAGCUGAUGGAUCUACAGACCUGAUGAAGGUGAUCCUGGGUGCUCUGACUGGUUUCUUCACAGUUGUUCUGGCCGUCAGUGUCUGGAAACUUCAGAAAGCUGCGAAUGAGGAGGCGCAGCCAGGAAGAAACUCUGGACCCUGCAGACCUGGACCCUGCAGACCUGAUGUUCCUCUCAGAAACUACACGAAGGAGGAGGCCUGCAGAAGAGAGAGCAGUGGAGACUCAUGUUAUUUAUACUGCCAGCACAUAGACUUGGUUUCUGGACUGCAGAGGUGUAGAUCUACAUCUCUGCACAGGAAGAGACAGCACAGUGUGGUCUGAUCACAUCUGAAACCAGCAGGACUUUACUGUAGUGAGAAAAGUCUGAAAAGAAUCAGUAAAAUCUGACCUGGUCACCUUUGACUGAAUAAUUUCAGCCUCUGUAUUGUUGCAGAAUUGUUUUUAUUAUAGAUGUAAAAUAAAUAACAGAAUAAUCCAGAACAUGUGAUGACAAACAUCAUCUGUUUGAGUCUUUACUACAGGAAGACAUCAGCACUGACCACAAACAUCACAUGAGUCCUUGUUGUGGAGAUUAAGAAUAAA